AUGAACCUGACCUCCAGCUCAGAUCCCGUCCACUUACUUACCAACAGCUUUACUGGUAUGAGAGACCAGACAGAAAACACCAUCAUAGCAGGGUCUGCAGUUUUAGGUGGCUCUUACCAGGAUUUGGCCCUAUUAUCUGAAAAUGGGACAGUAAUGCUUCCUGAAGAGGAGUUUGACCCGUUAGGAGGACACACUAUCUGGCAGGUCAUCAUCAUUGUCUUCCUCACUGGAUCGCUCUCUCUUGUCACUGUUGUUGGCAACAUCCUCGUGUUGGUGUCAUUCAGGAUAAAUAAGGCAUUGAAGACAGUGAACAACUACUACCUGCUUAGCCUGGCAUUUGCUGACCUGACCAUCGGCACGCUGUCCAUGAACUUGUACACCACCUACAUCAUCAUGGACCAGUGGGCCCUGGGGCCAGUGGUUUGUGACUUGUGGCUUGCAAUUGACUAUGUGGCCAGUAACGCCUCAGUCAUGAACCUACUCGUCAUCAGCUUUGACAGGUAUUUCUCUGUGACCAGACCUUUGACCUACCGGGCCAAGCGUACUACUAAGCGGGCCAUGACCAUGAUUGGAUUAGCCUGGUCCAUUUCUUUUAUUCUGUGGGCCCCAGCCAUUCUGUUCUGGCAGUACAUUGUGGGUGAGCGGACAGUCCAGCCAAACGAGUGCUAUAUUCAGUUCUUGUCGGAGCCCAUCAUUACAUUUUGUACUGCUAUAGCUGCAUUCUACUUGCCAGUGACAAUUAUGGCAAUCCUGUUUUGGAAGAUCUAUCAGGAGACAGAGAAGCGAGCUAAAGAAGUACAAGGUCUCAAAGGAUCUGGGGCAGGCAACAGCUCAAAGCAGGCUCAGAAUCAAGGGAAUGGCAGUGGAAAAGCUGGUGGAGAAGGUGCAGCUAACAGUCAGAAGAAUCCGUCAACUGUGCUACGGCAGAUGAGCUCUCAAAGCUGCAGCAGCUAUGAACUAAAUCAGUCAUCUUCAGAAAAGAAUAACAAGGACAAUGCCAGCUUACGGGAGGGAGUGGGAAACAGAGGACAGUGUGGCACAUUUUGUUUCCAGUUUUCAUCUCUUCUGCAAGGUCGUCGUGCAUCCAAAAAGUCCCUCAACACCACAAUACUAACAGAGGGUGAGGCAGAGCAGAGCAGCUGUGACAGCUUUAACAAUAAUGAAGUUGGGGCUUCAGGGGACCAGUCAGGUUCUGAGGCAGAAGCCGACGGUUCAGACCCAUCAAGGAUUCCAACAGAUAGUAAGAAGUCUAGAAAGAUGAAGAAAAACAAGGAUAAGCAGCCAUCAUCAGCCUCGAAAAGUCAAAAAGGUUUAAACUCGCCCAACUCCUCUUCUGCUGACCAAUCACCUGCAGCUAUAACCAUGAAAGAUGCAGCAAUGGCUAAACGCUUUGCCUCGAAGGCCAAGACAGAGAUCAACAAGCGCAAGAAUGAAAAAAAAGCAAAUGACAAGAAGGCAGCACGGACACUCAGUGCCAUCCUGUUCGCCUUCAUUACAACAUGGUUACCGUACAACAUCAUGGUGCUGGUCAAUACCUUCUGUCAGGACUGUAUCCCUGAAACUCUCUGGGCUCUGGGCUACUGGUUGUGUUACGUUAACAGCACAGUCAACCCCAUGUGCUAUGCCCUGUGUAACAAGACCUUCAGGACAACUUUCAGGGAUAUUUUAAUGUGCCAGUGGAAGCAAAAAAAGAACAAGCCUCAUUUUAAUCAGAGGCAGUCUGUGGCAUUCAAGAAGAAAGACCCAAUGUAG